AUGAGUUUUGCCAUGGAACUGUUCAAUUUUUCAGUUAUUAUUGCAAAUAUCAGCCAGUCGCACGGUGACUGGGAGACAGCAAUGCAGUUUUGUUCCUCGCCACUGGGAUCCGGGAAUUCCCUGAAUGUGUCCUCCAUCAAUGUUUCUGUAUCGUCUGAUUAUACAGACAGGCUGGCGUGGAUUGGUGCUUAUGGGUUGUAUUCUUCGUGGUUAAAAAUGCUGGGAUGUUUCAGAGUUACUGAUUCGACACUUUCUCCCCUCAUAAGUCGGACAACCACUUUGAAACAGAUUAACGUUUACAACUGCUAUGAAUUUUGUGGUGGAUUCACGUACUUUGCUCUGAGUAAUAUAAAUUGUUAUUGCUUUGCUGGUGACACGAUUCCUACCGUUAGUAAUGGACGGUGCUAUCCACAAAGAUGUUCUGGCAAUCAAGAGGAUUUCUGCGGUGAAAAUGUGACGACAAACAAUUUAGUGUCUAUAAUGAUCUACAAGAUAGACUCUGAAGAUUUCGGAGGCGUGGAGGAAUGUCUUGCUUCUAUGUACACAGGCAUUUUUACAGAAGAUAGCACCAGUUAUUAUGGAUUUCGAGCACCUGUUGUUCUACCCUGCAAUACCCAGGGACUGGGAUACACCUAUAGAACAAGACUCGAUUUCCCUGCAUCCCAUAGCUUUCGUUUGUACACGUUACCCGUGGCGUCUUGGCAAGAGGCAGUUGACUACAGCUAUGGGAACCAGUUUGGACUGUUAGAAUUUGUAAUUUUCCGGUUCCGUUUGCCGGACUUAACUCAACCUUUGACAGGAGAUCGAUACUGGGUGGGAUUCCUGCGCAGACAUAAAAUUGAGUACGGAGCAGAAAUACCUAGAGGUCUCCAGGCCCAUUGUGUCGCCGGCAGGGUUAAAAGUAAAGGAGCACUCACAUUAAUGUAUAGAUUCUGCAAUGAAAGUUUACCAGUACUAUGCGAAGUGCAAAAUUCAAAUGAAAUAACAACUGCAAGGACGAAACUUACAACUUCGUCCAGUAAUCCUACUACAGUCCGAGAUAUUUUGUCCAGUAGUCCUAUUACAAUCCAGAAUAUCAUCGACAACACUGGAGAUACAUUCGUCAACUUGAACUUGUUCAUUAUCAUCAUUGUUUUUGCUGCUGCAUUGUGUAUUUUGAUAAUAUUUGGAGUUUGUUGGAUAAUCUUCACAAUAAGGAAGAAACGCCAGUCCGCCAAAAGCACGUCAACAGAAAAUCUUGAUAAUGAUGGUUUGUACACAGAGAUCGAGAGCAUAUACAGCGUCAUAACAAAUUGUGACACGAUCUCAACCACCUCUGAUAUCCAGCUGUCGAAUGUGUCCAUAUCUCUACCAGAAAAGAAAAAAAGACGAAGUACAAAGCGAAAGGAGAAAAGGGGUUUACCAAGCGUUCCAGAUCAAACUCUGCCUUCGGCGAGUAGUCCCGGGGCUUCUAGACUAGCCGAUCUUCCUGUCAGAAGAAAGUCUGAUUCUAAUAUAAUAAAGGGGGUUUUAGAAAUGUAUGGGGAGGAUACACCUCCCACUCCUCCACCAACUCCGCGCCAUAGCAUCCCAGAUGUAGUUCCUGAGGGAGAGUACUAUAUUCUUGAGGAAAUCAAUAACAAAGAGACCCCUAGAAUAAAUGAAAAUAUUAAUGUAGAGCAAGACGAUGAUCAUUUUUAUCAUGUUUUGGAACGCGAUCCUAAAACAGAGGUAAAUACAAACAGAGAUGUGGAGGCUACAUUACGCGCUGUGGCCAAUAGAAUACCCUUGUCUAAAUGGGUUGGCGGAAGAGCGGCCUCCCAUGAACCAUCCAGAAUAUCACGUGUUCUUUCUAAACGAGAGGGAAAUCUGGACACGGUUGAAGAAGGAUAUGAAGUUGAUCUUAAUAAGACAAAGAAAGCCCUAAGCAUGAGGGGCAGGUCUUAUGGUGCGAAAGACACUUCUCUGCACCCACAUGCUGCCUUAAAAUCUACAACAUCUACCCCUCCAUUGAAGUUGUUUUAUCGCGGCAGUUCUAGAAAAUACAAAACAACUAAGCAGGCGACACCUCAAUUUGACGCCAAUGACUAUGUUAUUCCACUGAGCAUGAAAAAGACAGAUUCGAUGUACGAUCACAUGAAACGAGACCGAUUUGGGUCAACAAAAUCAAGUAACGAUAAUUAUGAAACCAUGGAAAGUGUUCGUGAUUAUCUAGAGACUUCAGAUGAGAAAAGUGCACAGGAGAAUAUUAAUGCUAAAGAAUGAUUAUCAGAAAACUACUUAUAUAAACGUAAUUAACUUUAAAAAAAGUUUCAUAAGUGAGAAAUGUGUGUCUCAACACGCUUCAAGCAAUUUCUAAACAAAAAAAGAUUUCUAUUUUAGAAAUUAGAAUCUGCUAAUAAUGUGAUAUUUGGAAUUGUUUAGCUCACGAUUCUGUCCUUAUAAUGUGUUUGAAUGAAAGAACGUCA